GUGCAGGACAAUAUCCAUCUCACACUUUUUCAUAUAGAACUCGUGCAUGGCUGUCAGCCAACAUGCCCACAGCAUAUAUGCUGUAUGGGGAGGUGUGACUCGUCUGUGUGUUCGUCGCGUCGACGCGCGCGCGUGAGCGGGAAGUUAGUUGGCUGAUGCAGAUCGCGCUUGCGCUGCUGCUUUGCGUCGGCGCAAACGUGCGGCUGCUGUUGCGGCCAUGCAGCACGCUCAGACCCUCGACCGUCGAAGCAUCGAGCGUCGCGCAAGCGAGCAUUGAGAAUGUCGGACAAACAACAACAACAACAACACGACGCACCAUUGACCUGGUCAUCGCCUUCUCUCUCUUUGGCAUCACACCAUUCGACUCAUCUCUUUCAGCUACCGCCCCACAAAUUCUAAUCGAUUGUGUCGUCACCAGCGGUCGUGUGCGAACAAGUGCCACGUCGUCCUCCUACAUCAGCAUCAGACGUGACGUGACAGUAACAGUAACAUUCGAGAUCAUCGGAAAGCCUCGGCUCUACGUCCAGACUAGAAGAAUCAAAGAGAGCCGAACAGACGUCCUACAAAGAGCGACCUUCAAUCAGCGUUAGAGCCUGCGAUGGCGUCAAGCAGCGCGUUCGAUGAGGAGGAGCAUGCGGAGCGCAUCGCUGAGAAUUUGGCCAUCUUGGACUCUUCAGCCAACGACGUGGACAAGCGAGCGACGGCACUAUCUCUGCUCAUCACGCGCCUUUUGACCGCCCC